AUGGAUGAUAGUUCUUUUUCUGACACUGGAUUUAUAAAGUUCGUAGUCAAUCGUAGCAGAGAACAUGCAACUUUCCUGAGGCUUCCUGGAGUCUGUCCAGAAGCUGCAAUGAAAUAUGUUGGGGAUGUGUGUCAUGGACUCAAGGGUUUGUCUUUGCCUAGACGUUUACUGCUUUGUUCACCAAGCAUCGUUGCAGAACUGAUUGGUAAGUGCAAACAUUUGGAGUUAUUGUCUGUUGGGGGCAGCCAUAAUUUCGAGGAGAUCCUUUUACAGUUCAGCAUGGGCUGUUGCAAGAGGUUUCUCAACAUGGAUGUGCCAGCUGCUUUAAGGAAUAGGGAAGGGAAUAGGAAUGUUCCUGAUAUUAUUCCAAAUGUUAGCUUCUUAUGCAGCUACAAUUUUGAGGAAAUCUUUUCACAGAUCCGCAUUCACUGCAAGAAUUUUUGUGGUUUAAAUGUGUCGGGUGCUUUACUUAGAAGAGAAGAUGUGUUGGCAAUUGUCAACUUGCUUCCUCAUAUUAAAUACUUAAUAUUGAGGAAGUCAUUCAUUGAUCGGGAUGAUCUUGCCACGUUACUUCAAGGCUGCGAAGAACUUGUGCUUUUGGAUGCAAGGAAUUGCUGUGGUUUUGAUGAAGGUGAUGUUGAAAUAUCAGUGCUUGCUUCUCAUAUUGGUAAAUUCAGCUGUGAGGGUUCUAGAUAUGUUGACCCUCUUCUGUGGUUGCGUAGUCACAAAUAUAUUUAG